AUGGAAUCUCAGGACGAGUCUAUGGAACCUCUCAAUUCCGGCUUCCAAGGUUUAGUUCAAAGCGAGGAUUGUAAUCACCCCAAGAGCUAUGUCAGGAAAAGAUGCUCUGCUCGACGCAAUUUCUUCUUGAUUGCUACAUUUCAUCUGUUAGCUUUUCUCUUGUCUUUGCUUGCAGCUGUUGCCGUGGCAAAUCAUAAGACAAUUUACUGGCGCUCUUGCGAGCAAAAAUGUCCGAAACCCCUGAUACAUUCACCAGCUUAUGAUGGAGCGUUGUACAACAUUGUCACAAUUGAAAGUAGCAAAUUAAUCGGGUCGCCAUUCUCUGGCAAUCCGGGCCCAGCAGUUGACAAAGCGUGGGAUGACUUAAUGAGUAGAAUAAAUAUACGUAUUUCGGAAGACGAUCUUCGAAAAGUCAAUGGGACUUCAAUAAAACUUGCUGACGGUUCCAACGACUAUUGGGGAUCGAUAGAGGUAUAUCAUCAUCUACAUUGUUUGAAAGUCAUCCGUCAUUACAUAGCCAAGGAUUAUUAUCCCGACGCUCAGAAAUUUGUCACUGAGCCCGGAAUGAUCUAUCCCGAACAUAUUGGUAAAUUUAAUCCCUUUUUCCCAAUCUCAGCGAAGGUUGGCAGUCUGCUUCUUUCUGCCUUUCAAUUUCAAUAUGUUCAAUUGUUCGCUAAUUCAUACCCUCAACGCAUAGAGCACUGUAUCCAAACUCUCCGUGAACACCUCAUGUGUCAACCGGACCUUAGUAUCUAUACUUAUACUUGGCGGCCUAACAGCUAUGACCCGCACGCUAAUGAUCGUACCAAACAUAGCUGUAUUGAUUGGUCGAACUUUGAGCCUUGGUCGGACCAGAGGAGAUUUUCCGAAUAUGACGAACGAGGCUUGCUGAGAAAAGAUGAUGGUACGAUCUGGGACCCAAGGAAACUGCAUGCUUGA